AUGUUUCCCUGUCGUGCGCGACUCAGAAUAACAACACUUCAACGCUUCCACAGGUCAUACUCCACACCCGCAAACCCAUAUACACGCUUUGAAAAGCUCAGAGCGUAUCCAUUCGCGUUCAACGACUAUGAAGCUGAACGGCUGAUGGCGCCAGCCGCUGCUGCGCUAUGCGGAAAGGCACUGGGAACCUCUGUCCUCCAUCGAUUCCUGCCCUGGAUGGAACUGGAAUAUAUCAAGCCUAAACGAAUCUUGCCGAUAUAUUUCCCUGCGUGGAUAAUAGACGCGGAAGUGCAGGCCACAGUUCGCUAUCAAGGUUCCGAGAGAGUCGCUUCAGCGCUUCUCCAAAACGGGUACCUACCAGGUGCCCACUUUGAAGCAGUCUCAAGCGUCCCACUCUUCGCUGGAGAAAUGGCCGACGCACAACCAUUGCCCUGGUCCGACGGCCUCCUUCAACAACAAGGCCACCAAAUCACCUGUGUACCAUACACCAUCGACCCAAUACACGGCCUGAAGGCAUUCUCCGACUUGAAAUUUGACGCCUUCCCUGACCUUUCCGCUUCACUGUCGACAAUUCAACCGACGUUGAGCGUAUUCCGACCCGUCCUCCUCCCUCUCUACCUCGCCCAGUACGAAGUAACAGCAGACUCCAAAACACGAGGAUGUACACUCUUCCUUGACGCUUCCCAAUCCUCGGGAAGCGUAUACGGUGUCCGAUUAAACACGGGCCCCAAAGACGAAUACGACGAAGGAAUCGACCACGCCCUCCAAUUCGUGGACGCCAACGUCUCACCCAACUCUGACAUCCUCCGCCUCGGACUCGGGCAUAACUGGGUCGACGUCGAAACAGUCUCUUUACCACCCCACCGCGACAUCUCUGCACAACUGAAGAAAUGGAUAGAGUGGAGGAUGUAUGAUGCGGAGACGGCGAAGGAGAUGGCUGCUGCGACGGCUGAGGGGUUGAAGGAGACAAGUGGCGGGAUUGUGGAGGAUAAGGAUGCGCGGAUACGGGAAUAUGAUGUGGAGGAUAGAGGAGAGGUUGAGGAAUGGAUGGGGUUGAGUGCAGAGUUGAUGCUUGUUCGCAGAAUUCUCGAGCGCAUCAACGAACAAAUGGGCCUUAUGGGCGAAGACGCACCUGCACACAUGGCCGCCCCAAUUGAAAACCUCAAGGAAAAGGAGAAGGAGCUUGUGGAAAAGCGCGACGAGUUUUUGGUUGAAUGGGGCAAGUCGAACGAACCAGCGAAGCCCUCGGAGAACUAA